AUGUCAACGUUCAACGGAAUCGUGCACGAAUUCCCCGACAUUGCCAUUGACUAUUUCCGCACUGUCCCAGGCCGUCCUCCACCACUGGCAUACUUUCUCAGUCAUGUGCACAGUGACCACCUUGUCGGGCUCGAGUCGAUCAAGUCUCCCUUUGUCUACUGCUCUGCCGCCACACGCGCCAUCCUGCUUGAAUUGGAGAAGCGCGCCAACCGUGUUGCUUGCGCAAAUGGCCUACGAGAAGCGCCAGUCCGUACAUAUAAGCAUCUCAAGACUGUCGUGAGGCCGAUUCCUCUCGAGACGCCAGUCAGUAUAGAGCUGCGACCUGGCAAUGACAUUCAGGUGACCUUGUUUGAUGCCAACCAUUGCCCUGGAGCUGUCAUGUUUUUGCUCGAAGGACAUGGCAAGGCGGUGCUCUACACGGGCGACAUCAGAAGCGAGCCGUGGUGGGUCAAUAGUAUCGCUAGAAAUCCAAGUCUAGUGGAAUACACGUCAGGACUCAAGACUUUGGAUUGCAUCUACCUGGACACGUCCAUGCUUGAUGACCUUGGUCUCCAAACCAAGGCUCAAGGCUUGCAACAUCUCCUAUCUCAAGUGGGUCGGUAUCCCCAGGACACUGUCUUUUGCAUGCAAGCAUGGACUUAUGGAUAUGAGGAAGUUUGGAUUGCCUUGUCAAAGGCUCUUCAAUCCAAGAUUCACGUUGAUGAGUACAAGAUGCGCGUUUAUCAAUCUCUAGUCAAGGAAUCAGGCGACCCAGACUUUCCUUUGCUUUCUCACCACAGCAAGGAAGCCCCAUACCUCGUCGGCUUUAGCAGCAACAAGAAGCAGUUUGAGGGUUGUUUGACUCGCGACGAAAACGUCCGCAUACAUUCGUGUGAAAAAGACACACCCUGUGCCAUCAUGGCUAGCAAGCCCAUUGUUUGGAUUCGGCCAAUCGUGGCACAUUUGCCAAAUGGCGAGGAUAUCAGCGAGGUGGGCUUGGGAGGUGGGGGAGACGAUCUAGAGCAGCAAGUAAAUGUCGCUCAAAUGGCGGCUGACAAUAUUGACUCGCUCUUGAAAAUGCAAGUUGUGAUCUCGCAUCUGCUGGAGUUUCAUCUAACUUGA